AUGACUCCACUGUCUGCCGUACUCGAAGCACCAUUCACCAAUAUGCGUGAAGAGAUUUGGGCAUUUCCUCUUUCAAGAUUUUUCAACUUCCUGCCAUACUUUGAGUACGCAUUUGUCGACCCAAUAGUAAACGAUGAAAAGCUCAACUUUGACUCUGUCGCACUUCUGCCCAAAGUAAAAGCGCCCCUUUUAGUGCUGCAUUCAGAAGAUGACCCCAUCAUUCCCUACCACAUUGGAAAGCGACUUUACGAGAGUGCCAAGCAACUGCAACCAGCGAAAGUGGCCAACAAAACGACCUUUCACGGAUUUCCACCAGGCAAAGAAUACAACCAUGAUUGGAUAUGUCAAGCACCAGAUUUGCCACACGUUGUGGCACAGUUUAUUACCUCAGUGUUAAAUUAG